AACGUAAACAAUUUAGUUUUAUAUUUUUAAUAAAUAAUAUCGUAAUGGAAUAUACUUUAAGAAACCUUUAUUAAGCAUGGCUUUUGUCCGCACUGACGUGACAGCCGUUAGAUUCCACCAAGACUUUAUAUUUGCAGGAAUCGGUAGUUACACGAAUAUAUUCAGCAAGGCUUCCUUAAAGUCUAUACAGAGCUUACUUACGUUGCAAGGUCAGAAAAUAUAUGGUUUCAUGCCGUCAAAAUGUGGAGAGAAAAUACUAUGUUUUGGUGGGAAACAGUUCACUGUUUUGAGUUUUUAUGAACUAAACAGAGAGAGCAGUGAGAUAUAUUCUCGCUUGUUCACGCCGGUGGUGUGUGACGACUGGUUGCACUCUGGGAUAUGGGUGGAUGAUGAUAAAGUGGCCUUAUUGACAGCCCAUAAUACUGCUCAGUUCUGGGACAUUUCAUCUCAAGCAUUGCUGUCACAGCAUAAAAGCAAAGACAACUCAAUUCUCUACAGUGGUUUACUCAUACCACUACAAGAUGAGGUCCUGGUGUUGGCCGGAACUGUGUUCUCCGAAGUCAUCAUACAUUGCUGCAGCGAGGAAGAGCCACUGCAGCAGUUGAAAGGACACAGGGGUGUAAUAUUUUCAAUAUCGUGUGAUCCCCAAAAAGAAAUCAUUGUCACUACAUCUGACGACAGAUCCUUACGGAUUUGGUCUCCAAAUACAGAUAGCAAACACAAAAUAAACACUAAAGAAUACUGGCAACACACAGAAAUGCUAUGCAAGUAUGAACUCUAUGGCCACUUAGCAAGAGUCAUGAGAUCCUGUAUUAGUAAUAACAUGGUAGUUUCUGUAGGGGAGGAUGGGGCUGUUUGUUUCUGGGAUUUUAAUGGGAGGCCUCUAAGGAAGAAUUUGGCUCAUCAGAAUAGUUGCAUUUGGGCUGUAGAUGCUGAUAAUGAUAGCUUAAUUACAGGGGGAGGUGACUGUGGUAUUAUGGUUCAUCCUUUGUCUGUGGCUGAUGUUAGUCAGAAUUAUAUUUUGGAAAGAAAUGAAGACGUCAAGAAAGUAAUGUUUACAGCUAGGAGAAAUAUAGUUAUGAUGACUGAUAAUUGUAUAAUUUAUUGUGUUGACGGAAAAGAUAAAUUGAAGUAUAGAUUGAAUCAUACUUCUACAUAUAAAUUGCUAAGCAUGUCUUUAUGUAGACAGAUUAUUGCAGUAUCUGAUAUGGAUGGGAAUUUAGAUGUUUUUAUCGAAAAUUGCAAAGAAGAUUGUUUGCAGAAUGUAAUAAAAACUAAAUUGGAAUUUGGGAAAAUUCUAUCUAUGCAUUGGGGUGACAAUAGACAUCUCAUUUUCUGUUCACAAAAUGGUGAAAUAAAUGUUAUUGCAAAAGGAAAUGAAGUGGAGAAGAUUUGCAGUUAUAUUUUACCAGUUUGUAAAGAAAGAUGGUUGACAGCUGCUGCUCUUGAUGUCAAAAAUAACAUGACUGUUCUUGGAGACAGAUGUGGUAAUAUCCAUAUCUAUAUUAAAGGAGAAAAGGAUCCAGUAAAAACCUUUCGUAAAGUUCAUGGCAGAUACGGACCUACCUCAAUAACUAUUAAGGAUAAUGAAAUUAUUAGCACAGGGAGAGAUGGAACCAUUAGACACUUUGUCAUAAGAAAUGGUAAAGUCAAAUAUAUCAGUAGUAAAUGCUUAGAAUUUCAAUGGGUUGAAAAAUUCCUAGACAGAGAUGAGAAUAUCAUUUGUGGAUUUCAAGAAAGAGAUUUUGUUGUUUAUGAUAUAAAGAAUCGUAAUAAGAUGUUGGAAGUGCCUUGUGGCGGUGGACAUCGAUCUUGGGACGCAGUUCGACAGAUAGAUAAAGUAAAUGAUAAAUAUGAAGAAUUUAUGAAAUUAAUAUAUAUCAAAAACUCUGAUAUAAAUAUAGUUGCUUUCCAAUUGAGUAAAAUUGUUUCUAGAAAUAUUGUAAAUGGUUCACAUUCUAAAGAAAUCAACUGUCUUCAAUGUUGUACAAGUGAUUUGGAUCCAUCAAAAGUGUUUUUCAUUUCUGGUGGUGAAGAUACUACUUUAAGAGUUUCUCAUCUGGAUUCUAGAAUGGAAUAUGUAGAUAGAGUUGUAUAUAAACAUUUAUCAAAUAUAAGAGCAUUAAAAUUAUAUAAAUUAAAAGAUGAAAAGAUACUUGUCAUAUCAGCUGGAGGUAGAGCACAAAUCUGUUUGAAUAUAAUUAAUUUUGAAAAGAAAGAUGAUGAAAUAAAAGUGAUAUUUGAAGAAGUUCUAGAUUAUCAAAUAAAAGGGACAGAUAAAGAGAAGAAAGGUAAUCAAAACUGGCGAAACUGUUCAAUAGAUUUUGACCCAGAAACUAGAGUCAUGGAUAUCGAAACCAUACAGACAGAUUAUAACAAUUUCAUUAUAUUCGUUGGAUGCUCAGAUGCCUAUCUCAGAAUAUACAAUAUUAACAUUGAUGAGAACGCUGAAUUUAAAGUGAUUAAUGAAGUAAAAUAUCACAAAACUUGCAUUCUCAAAACACACUGCUUCAAAUUUGAGAAUGAAACUAUUUUAGUAACUUGUACCACGAGAGGUGAAAUAGCUUUUUGGGAUGCAAGUAAACUUAACAAUGAAUUUCUGCCAUUUUUCACUACAACAACCAACAAAAGUGGCAUAAACAGUAUAUCAUCCAAACUAUUAUCAAAUGGAGAUGCUUUACUAGCAACAGGAGGCGAUGACAACGCCAUACAUCUUAUUCUAACCAGCAUCCAGCCUGACUUGACCUCUGCAAAGUUAAAAUCUUCUUUCCACAUGGAUUCAUUGCACAGCUCCCAGAUAACUGGUCUAUGUUUUUCUGGAGAGUAUUUAGUGUCUGCGUCAAUAGACGAGAGGGUCAGUUUGUUAAGAUGGAAGGUAGAGGCAGGGAUUCUAUGUGAAUUCGUUUCGCAGGCAUUUUGCGAUGUAGCUGAUGUCCAGGGCAUGGAUUUGAUGGAGAGUGACAGUGAAACCAUCAAGGUCUGCGUGUUUGGAAAAGGAAUGGAGGCCAUUGAACUGAAGAAACCAAGUUGAAAUGAAUAAAUCAUCGUUAU